AUGAAGGAAAAGUACAAAUCACAGCUUUUUGAGAACCGACAAAUAAGUAGAGGAGAGAAACCUCUUGAAUACGCAAAAAAAUUGAGUUUGAAUGGCCAUUUUCAACGUCCAAAAAGAACACGCACAGGGGAGAAACCUUUUGAAUGUUCAGCGUGUGGAAAGAGAUUCAUUACAAGUGGCACUCUUCGAGUGCAUAAGAGAACCCACACACGAGAGAAACCAUAUGAAUGUUCAGAGUGUGGAAAGAGAUUCAGUACGAGUGGCAAUCUUUAUUUGCAUAAAAGAACCCAUGCAGGGGAGAAACCUUUUGAUUGUUCAGAGUGCGGAAAGAGAUUCAGUAAAAGUAUCCAUCUUCGGUAUCAUCAAAGAACCCACACAGGUGAGAAACCUUUUGAAUGCUCAGAGUGUGGAAAGAGAUUCAGUAUGAGUAGCCAUCUUCAAAACCAUCAAAGAACCCACACAGGGGAGAAACCUUUUGAAUGUUCAGAGUGUGGAAAGAGAUUUAGAAUGAGUAGCAGUCUUCAGUAUCAUCAAAGAACCCACACAGGGGAGAAACCUUUUGAAUGCUCAGAGUGUGGAAAGAGAUUCAGUAUGAGUAGCCAUCUUCAAAACCAUCAAAGAACCCACACAGGGGAGAAACCUUUUGAAUGUUCAGAGUGUGGAAAGAGAUUCAGUCAGAGAAGCCAUGUUCAAAACCAUCAAAGAACCCACACAGGGGAGAAACCUUUUGAAUGUCCAGAGUGUGGAAAGAGAUUCAGUAUGAGUAGCCAUCUUCAGUAUCAUCAAAGAACCCACACAGGGGAGAAACCUUUUGAAUGCUCAGAGUGUGGAAAGAGAUUUAGUAUCAGUAGCAAUCUUCAAAACCAUCAAAGAACCCACACAGGGGAGAAACCUUUUGAAUGUUCAGAGUGUGGAAAGCGAUUCAGUCAGAGAAGCAAUGUUCAAAAGCAUCAAAAAACCCACACAGGGGAGAAACCUUUUGAAUGUUCAGAGUGUGGAAAGCGAUUCAGUCAGAGAAGCAAUGUUCAAAAGCAUCAAAAAACCCACACAGGGGAGAAACCUUUUGAAUGUCCAGAGUGUGGAAAGAGAUUCAGUCAGAGUAGCUAUCUUCAGGAUCAUCAAAGAACCCACACAGGAGAGAAACCUUUUGAAUGUUCAGAGUGUGGUAAGAGAUUCAGUCAGAGAAGCCAUGUUCAAAAGCAUCAAAGAACCCACACACGGGAGAAUUCUUUUUAAUGUUUGGGGUGUGGAAAGAGAUUCAGUACGAGUUGCAUUCUUCCAUAUCAUGAAAGAGCCUACACAAUGGAGAAGCAGAUCAGCCGAUAUCAUAAUG